AUGGCUGCCUCCUCCUCCUCGGCCUGCGUAGGGGAACCGGAAGUUACGUUCUUGGAAGUGAGAGUCCAAUAUUAUCGAGCCCUGUUCAGGUCUUGCUCUGGAGGCGACGCGCUAGGACAAAACCAGGAAAUCUCUAUGGCUAAGGAAAAAAUGUCGUCAUUUCCGCUUCUCAUCGCGAACCGGAAGUGGCUGUCAGGAGUCGCCGGGAAGAUGUCUCCCACCAUGGAGACGGCGGCGGAGGCUGUCUCUCCGGCUGAGCUGCUCUUACAAAGGCUGGAGGCGGCGGGAGGGACUGGCGGCGAAGCCGGGAUCUGUACGCUGGAGGCGGCCGCGGCGCUGGGCCUGGACCACCAAGUGCUGGUCGGGGCUGUGAAGAGCCUGCAGGCGCUGGGGGAGGUGAUUGAGGCAGAGCAGCGCACAUCCAAAAAGUGGGAGCUGACACCUGAGGGCCAAGAAAUUGUGCAAGAAGGAAGCCAUGAAGUCCGAGUGUUUAACAGCAUCCCUUCUGAGGGUCUGGUCCAGAGUGAGCUGAUGAAGCUGCCCAGUGGAAAAGUGGGAUUCAGCAAAGCAAUGUCUAACAAGUGGAUCCGGUUAGACAAGAACUCAGAAGGCGGACCCCGGAUCUUCCGGGCGGUAGAGGUUGUACAGGAUUCAGUGAGGGAGAAACUGCUCCAGGUGCAACAUGGGGAGGCUGAUAGCCUUGAAGAGAAAGACAAGAAUGAACUGAAAAAGCGGAAACUCCUGAUGGAAAUGAAUCUGAAGUCAUACUGGGUCAAAAAAGGAAAUGCUUUCAGUACAAGUGUUGCCAAGCAGGAAACAGACCUCACUCCAGAAAUGAUAGCCAGUGGUUCUUGGAGAGACUUGAGUUUCAAGCCGUAUAACUUUGAGGCACUGGGCAUCAUGCCUGAAUGUGGGCAUCUCCACCCACUGCUAAAAGUCCGCAGUCAGUUCCGACAGAUCUUCCUCGAAAUGGGUUUCACAGAAAUGCCUACCAAUAAUUUCAUUGAGAGCUCCUUCUGGAACUUUGAUGCCCUCUUCCAGCCGCAGCAGCAUCCAGCCAGGGACCAACAUGACACUUUCUUCAUAAAAGAUCCUGCUGAAGCCAUUGAGUUUCCUAUGGAUUAUCUGAAGCGGGUAAAGAAGGUUCACUCACAAGGAGGUUAUGGCUCUCAGGGGUACAAAUAUGACUGGAAACUGGAGGAGGCUCGGAAGAACCUCCUUAGGACGCACACAACUGCUGUCAGUGCCCGCAUGCUCUAUCAGUUAGCACAGCAGGAAAAAUUCACACCUGUGAAAUACUUCUCUAUCGAUCGUGUCUUCAGAAAUGAGACAUUAGAUGCCACACACUUGGCGGAAUUCCAUCAGAUCGAAGGGGUAGUGGCUGAUUAUGGCUUGACCCUAGGGGACCUGAUGGGUGUCCUGAAGGAGUUUUUCACCAAGUUGGGAAUCACUCAGUUGCGCUUCAAGCCUGCAUACAAUCCUUAUACAGAGCCCAGCAUGGAGGUUUUCAGCUAUCACCAGGGAUUGAGGAAGUGGGUGGAAGUGGGCAAUUCAGGAGUCUUCCGCCCAGAGCUGCUGCUGCCCAUGGGCUUGCCUGAUGGAGUGUCUGUCAUUGCUUGGGGACUGUCUCUGGAACGGCCCACCAUGAUCAAGUAUGGCAUCAAUAAUAUCCGCGAGUUGGUUGGUCACAGAGUCAAUCUGCAGAUGGUAUACGACAGCCCACUCUGCCGCUUGGAUGCAUAGGUUCCAGAUAUCUUCCUCUAUCUUUAGGCCUAUUUAUUACCACUCUUCCUUGCUGGAACAAUGGGACCAUUCACAGUUCUGGAUGAUAGUGGGUGGAGGAAUAACUGAAAAGCUGCUUAGACUGUGUGGACCUUCUAGUUACAUCCUUUUGGAGGAAUGGUCUCUCUAAUUGCAACCCAAGCUGUAUGAAUUUAAAGUGUCUCAUCUUACAGUCUACUGUUAACAGUGCAAGAACACAUGCAGGAUUGGUUGCUGCUUUAGUUACCUGAUUCUUGUGCAGUGUAACUAGACAACUUGCUACCAUAUUCUGUGGAAGAGUAACAUAUAUAGAUAAACCACUGCACCUUU